AUGCAUAUAUCGAUUGGAACCGAAUUAAUGGAUGAUGAAGUAUUUUGGAAAGACAUGGCACUCAAGUUACCCUUAAAAUUAAAAAAUCUAAUGAUCGUUAUUGAAGGAACAUUUUGGUUAAUGGUAUUACAUUGGCUAUUGGGAAAUUGCAAAGCGCCUUUGGAGUUAUUACAAUUUCCUAGAAGUAAUUGUAUUGAUGAUGAAUAUCUGUGUAUAAUUACACAGUAUGCAAAAAGGAUUGGAACGUUAAAGCGACUAGCGCUGGCAAGACGUACAAGAGUUACUUCAGAAGGGAUGAGAAGAGCAUUGAUGGUUUUAGAAAGCGUUACUAAAACCGGUGAGUGGGUUGAUAAUGAUGAUAAUUUGAGAUAA